AUGGUUAUGGAAGUGGUGACGUCUUCCAUGGUUAUGGAAGUGGUGACGUCUUCCAUGGUUCUGGAAGUGGUGACGUCUUCCAUGGUUCUGGAACUGGUGACGUCUUCCAGGGUACUGGAAGUGGUGACGUCUUCCAGGAUGCAUCAGCCACUGGAAGAUCGUAAUAUUUUAAUCAGAGGAGAGUGCUAUGCCCUCAGGGGUCAUACAGCGCGUGUGUUAUUGGUAACAUUGAAAUUCGACUCUAGUGAAGUUGAUUACUACUCUCCACGCUUCCUGGUCCACGCGGCCACCGCCGUCCUUCCAGUCAACGCAACAGGUGUGGUGUACCGGGCGUGGAGCACCGAUGAAGACUUGGGGCUCACUUGCCCCCUGGGGCCAGGUGACUCAGCCCGCUGCCCCUGCGCCUCCGUCACCUACCAGCUGUUCGCACCACCAGGUGACCACCACUUUCUUCUCGACCCUGUCUCUGGCAUCCUCACCAGAAACACCAACACUUCCCUCCAGCCGGGCACUGCCUACACUUACAAGUUGAUGGUUCAAGGCACCCCACUAGCGGGUCAGAUGGAGGAACUUCUUUACGACCUGCUUGACCUGCGGAUCUACGUCAGCGCUGACUACAUCAAGAAGAUUCCCUGGACAUAGUGGCCUGUCUGCUCGACUUGGUGUCUGCCAGCCUGCCUGCAACUCUCCCAGAAAGAGUGCGUGACUCAUCCUGGUGGAAACAACUACCCACACCACAGAUAUUCAUACGAGCACCAGUGUAAGUCAGAGACGUGAUCACCAACAGCACCACCACCAGUCAGCACCACCACCAGUCAGCAGCACCACCACCACCAACCAGCACUAUCACCAACAGCAACAAUAUCACCACUACUAUCAAGAAAAGUACCACAACCACGACGGCCACGAAAAUUCUCACCAGCAGCAUCAGCAACGAGAAUAUCAGGAGCAACAGCAUGAUCAUCAUUAUCAUCAUUACCAGAAAGAAUACCAACUGCAGCAACAGCAGAAGCAGCAGAUGCAGCUGCAGCAUAACCAUGACUAUUAAUAUUAUCAUCAUCAUUAUCACCAUCACCAUCAUCAUUUUCAGUAGCAGCAUCCGGCUGGCUACACUGUACAGUCAAUGCUGACAAGAUUAAUAUAUUGUAGUUUGAGAUAAUCUUCAGUACUGUAAAUUCUUCUGUGUUUUGUAAAAGACUUUUCAUAUUUGCAUAUCUAUUUUCGCUUGGAGGAGAGGUCAGUGGGAGGUGUGUGUGUGUGUGUGUGUGUGUGUGUGUGUGUGUGUGUGUGUGUGUGUGUGUGUGUGUG